AUGGGUUGGAGAAUAUUUUCCCUCCAAAAUGAAGAAAUAGAGUAUGGGUUAAAGAUGCUCUUAGACCAGCACAACCCAACCCCAACACAGAAGCCGAAGAAAAGCAUGCUUCUGUCGAAGCAACCAUUGAAUCGAACAGAGAUCUACAACAGAGUGGAGACUUCUGUUAACUCUGACGGGGAGCACAGUAAAUCCCUGGCCGACGAAGAGGGGGACUAUGCUGAAGCUUCUGAACUCUAUAGCCGUUCCCUAGAAAUCAGUGAGGAGUCGGAAGGAAAGCUAAAGGGAAUCCUGGGUUACACUGAAGAUGAUGUGGUCUCGACUGACUUUGACGGAGACGGCAGGUGGUGCAUGUGGAAAGAGAUUUGAAGCAGGCAGUAAACCGGUAGUGAAAAAGCCCCAAACUCAUGCAUAUGCCACUGCAGCUUUUAGUCAGCAUUGAAGUGCCAAUCUCUGUUAUAAAAUCACUUUACUUGCUACCAUCAAUAUUACACAUAGUGAAGUCUUUAAUAUAGUUAUCGAGAUCUUCCUUUCCUGUGGAUAUGUGUUCCGAUUUUGAAGAAUCUAUUCAGUGGUUCUGGAGAAUCAAAUAAGUGGUUUUCAAUGCUUUUUUUUGGUUCUGUUUCAUCCACUUCAACUAUUUAUUAGGUGGUGGAUUGUGGUAAAUUCUUGAUUUUCUUGUUGGGGGCUCCAGUUCAGUGCUUCAAUUCCUAGAUCCAAUCUGAGUCAAGGCGUAUAAGAGAUUAGUUUUGUCUGUGGGGAAUUGUGGAGGAACCAACCCAAGAUGCGGCCGCGGUUGGCUGACUUCCGGCGCCCAAAAAAGAUAAUCCAUAAUUUACCUUGUUUUACAACAAUCUCCAAAAACAACCCAAAUAAGCCAAAAAAUUAAACAAUAAAAGCUAAGCACAUUUGAUUAUUAGACCAACGAACAUAACCGAACGUGCGUAGCACGUUGCUAACACUCUAGUAUAU